CCAUGGGCAACUGUGCGGGCCGCAACGACUUCGAAUGGGUCUACACCGACCAGCCGCACACACAGCGGCGCAAGGAGAUGCUGGCCAAGUACCCAGCCAUCAAGACCCUGAUGCGUCCGGACCCACACCUCAAGUGGACGGUGUCAGGGUUGGUGUUGGCACAGCUGUUGGCCUGCUACCUUACGCGUGGACUGUCUUGGCGCUGGCUGUUGUUCUGGGCUUACACCUUCGGCGGCUGUGUGAACCAUUCACUGACCCUCGCCAUCCACGACAUCUCCCACAACACGGCCUUUGGCACAGGCCGAGCUGCCCACAACCGCUGGUUUGCCAUCUUCGCCAACCUGCCCAUUGGCGUGCCAUACUCGGCCUCCUUCAAGAAGUACCAUGUGGACCACCACCGCUACUUGGGUGGUGACGGGCUGGACGUGGAUGUGCCCACGCACUUCGAAGGCUGGCUCUUUUGCACGCCGGCCCGCAAACUGCUCUGGCUGGCAUUGCAGCCCUUCUUUUACUCACUGCGACCGCUCUGUGUGAACCCCAAGGCUUUAACACGCAUGGAGGUGUUCAAUGCCCUGGUGCAGCUGGCCGCUGAUGCCACCAUUUUUGCCCUCUGGGGGCUCAAGCCUAUAAUUUAUCUGAUGGCCAGCUCCUUCCUGGGCCUGGGCCUCCACCCCAUCUCGGGCCAUUUCGUGGCUGAGCAUUACAUGUUCCUCAAGGGUCACGAGACUUACUCCUACUAUGGGCCUCUCAACUGGAUCACCUUCAACGUGGGCUACCACAUGGAGCAUCAUGACUUUCCCAGCAUCCCCGGCUGCAACCUGCCCCUGGUUCGGAAGAUUGCCCCCGAGUACUACGACCAUCUGCCACACUAUCACUCCUGGGUGAAGGUCCUCUGGGAUUUCGUGUUUGAGGACUCGCUGGGGCCCUAUGCCAGGGUGAAGCGGGUGUACAAGCUAGCGGGGGAGGGUCUGUGA